GGAAGGAUUGCCGCAUCCUGGGGACUUAGUCACAUUGAUUUGGGGAGAUUUAGGCCUCGUGGGGUGAGAUUCGUAUUGUUUCUGGACAUGUAUUCGUUGAAAAGACGUUGUGAAGAGUCUACUAGGUGUCAGUGUUGUGCUGGAGACGUCAAGGGUACAGGGGACCCAGGGUGACCAGCAUAUCACUUUUUGGAGAGAGGUCAGUUGCUCGACAGAAUUAAACAGGAAAUUUGCUUAGAAUCAAGAACGAUGGAUCCGUGUUCAGUUGGAGUUCAGCUUCGUACCACAAAUGAGUGCCAUAAAACCUUCUAUACUCGUCAUACAGGUUUCAAGACUUUGCAAGAAUUGUCAUCAAAUGAUAUGCUUUUACUUCAACUCAGAACUGGAAUGACACUUUCUGGGAACAAUACAAUUUGCUUUCAUCAUGCAAAAAUUUACAUUGACAGAUUUGAGGAUUUGCAGAAGUCAUGUUGUGACCCCUUUAACAUACAUAAAAAACUAGCCAAAAAAAACUUGCAUGUAAUUGACUUAGAUGAUGCCACUUUUCUGAGUGCAAAAUUUGGCAGACAGCUUGUACCUGGUUGGAAGCUUUGUCCAAAAUGCACACAGAUAAUCAAUGGAAGUGUGGAUGUUGAUUCUGAAGACCGGCAGAAAAGAAAACCUGAUUCAGAUGGAAGAACUGCUAAAGCUUUGAAAUCAUUACAGUUUGCAAAUCCAGGAAAGCAAACUGAAUUUCCUCCAGAAACUGGUAAAAGAGAAAAAAGAAGGCUUACAAAAAGUGUAACCUCUGGUUCAGACAGACAAGUGAUACCAGCCAAGAGUAAGGUCUAUGAUAGCCAGGGUCUCCUGAUUUUCAGUGGAAUGGACCUCUGCGACUGCCUGGAUGAAGAUUGCUUAGGGUGUUUCUAUGCUUGUCCUGCCUGUGGUUCCACCAAAUGUGGAGCUGAAUGCCGCUGUGACCGGAAGUGGCUCUAUGAGCAAAUCGAAAUUGAAGGGGGAGAAAUAAUUCAUAAUAAACAUGCCGGAUAAUUUGUAGCAUUUCAUUAUGGGAUCUUUAAAGUAUUUUCUCUAUUUCUAAAAUUCUGUCAUUCUCAAAUACAUUUUAAAGUUGAUUGCCAAAUGACAAAAAUUUGAAAAUUACCUUAACAUGCACUCAACCAGCGCUAAUAUUGUAAAUUUAUUUCAGCAGCCACUUAGAGCCUGUCUGGGCCAAUGUAAACAAGUAAGGCAUAAGCAGUCCUCAAUUUGCACAAUUCACAAAGCCACAAAUUCCGAUAGCAAUGAUUUAGUUGAAUAACACCAGUUCCCUAACAGUACAGUUCAAAUUUCAGUUUCCAGGCUAUAUUAACCGUGAGUAAAGUACAUGAAGUAGUCACUGUGAAUAACAUGUAUUUUAUGAUCAGUGGCCAAUCACAUUACUUCUCAAAUUCUGCUGGAGGUUGGUCACUGCACAUCUGUUAAUCAGUCCACUUUCAGACAGCAAAGCAUAUAGGUAUAUUUCCUUGCCCCACAUGUGACAUUUUAUAAAAGUAGGUAAUGGAAAGAAUGGGCAAAUAAAUGAAAAGUGAUAAUGCCAGACAGAAUUGAGAUUCGAGGUGAACAUUAAUGGAGUUGUAGAAGUCGCUGAUCAUAGGAAUGUUGACAGUGCUGCUUUUCAACCUAGAGCCUCUGGAUAUGCAGCCAGAGAAAUUUAGUGGCAGCAAACUUCCCAACAUAAAUGAGGAAAGGUCUUGUCCCCGAGGAAGUGAUGUUAGAAACUUCACAUUAAAGGAAAUUGCAGAAAUAUUUUACGACAUUCAAAGUACAAAUGCUGAAAUAUGGAAACUAAUCCAAAUUUAAAGGAGAAUGGCAAUUUGCUAUGGUAUAAGUUACUGGACAAAAAAAAGCAAGCACUGUUUAAAUGACUAGAUUAAUUUUUUACAAUGAAAGAACAUGAAUUCUCAAUCUUUCUAAUGUUUUAAAUUACAGUGUUCUAAAUACUUUUAUAAUUUUUCCAUUUACAUUUUAACUGAACAGAACAAGUAUCAUUUUCCUCAUUGAUUAUUAACAAAGAUUGGCCAUUUUUUAUGAUCCCAUACUAUCAUGCAAGGCAAGAACUGCCUGUAACUGAGAAAAGUGCCUACUUUAGGAAAAAUUAAUUUUGAUGCAGUGGUUGAGUGCUAAACUGUUUUGGGAAUAAUCCACAUAUCUGUACUAAAAUAUGCCAUUUCUUCUCCCCACUUAAACUCUUCAAAUAAAUGUUUUAAUACUGUAAACCUUUCAUUGUUUAGACCAUGCUUUCUUGGUGAAAAUGUGUUCUUUGUCGCAAAAAUCUUAUUUCUGUAUUUAAAGCAAAAAUAUACAUAAGUAUAUAAACAGAUGUUGAUUGCAAUUAGAGGACUAAAAAAAGACUCCUUAAGGGAAUAAUAAUAACAAAUAGAGAAACACUGGUUGAGACUAUAAAUUAUUUGGAAAUUAAAACUUGAUGUUGGGAUUUGUAUGGGUGUUGUUUGGAGGAUGGGGGUGGGUGAUAACUUCUCUCUGCUCUUUAUGUUUUUUAAAACAUAAAAAAAUACGUUUUAAAAUACCUGUUCUAAAUCUUUCAUUAUCUAGGAUACUGCCACUAAUCUAGAUUUUUGUUUUGUCUUCCCUAAAUAUAGUACUUUAGUUGAAUCAGAUGAGCUUAAAACAACUUGAGAUAUUUUUUAGCCAUUGAAACUAUAAAUUUAUACAAGCAGUUUUAUUGACCAAUAGAGGUUUAUUUUUAUUUUUGUAUACUCUUAGUAUCUCUUUGUUGGAAUGCCAUUUUCAACCAUGAAAUUAACAGUCAUUUUUAAGAUAUAAUUGUUCACUGACCUAGUUAUCAAAAGUACAGUUAAUUCCUUCAUUUAAACGUUUCAACAGCACUGGCAAAAAGAAUAUUUUAGCUUCAUAUGCUUAAAUAGCUAGAUUUUUUUAAAUUAAGGAAAUAUGUUCUUAUAAAGGACUUAAACAUAGACUCCAAUUUUGUCUGAACUUCCAGGAUCAUUAGACCUUCUUAAUUGCAUUUCUGCCAUCAUUUCUUAGAGACUCUGUUUAAAACGAAUAUUUUUUUUAACAGAAUACAUGACUUUAAAAAUUCAAAUAUUUUAAUUUCAGCAUUACUUAGUAGAACACUUUUGUGUUAUUUUCAAAGGAAAAUUUUUUGGAGAACAGUUAUCAAUUAUGCUAAUAUUUCUUUAUUGUGCCUAUUUAGGAGACCAAGUUUUUAAUGAGCAUGCUAAAAGGUUUGUAGAGAACGAAAAAUCUGAUUUUUAUCACAAGUCCACUUACUGUUUUUUAAUUUCAGAAAUACAGAAAACAAUAAAAUUGUCUAGACCCUUCUGACAUUUUUGCGGAUGAUUCAAGGUGGCUAAAUUGUUUUAGAAUGCUAUUACUCUUUUAAAAAGCAAAAAUAAAAGUUCAGUAACAUUUAACUUCUGCUGUAUGUGGCUCCUGGUGGAGAAGUUAAUAUGAGACCACAAACAUUGAUCUUACACAAUGUUUUGGCCACAAAUGUUAAAAGUAAAAAUGUGUGUAUACUUUAUAUUUGAAUAAAAUAAAUGGCAUCCCAUGUGA